CAAAAUCCGCCACCACCAUCUUGUUUCCCUGAUAGGAUACUGUGAUAAAAGGUCUGAGAUGAUACUGGUAUAUGAAUUAAUGAAAAAUGGGACAUUGCGGGAUUAUCUUUACUAAACAAACAUGCCCUGGAAACAAAGACUUCAAAUCUACAUCGAUGCAGCUAGAGGCCUUCAUUACCUCCACAAAGACUGUUCCGGUAGAAUCAUCCAUCGUGAUAUCAAGUCAACAAACAUCCUGCUCAAUGAAAACCUCAUCGCCAAAGUUGCAGGUUUCGAGCCCUCCAAGUCAGCUUUAAUGGAUCAAACCUCUGUAAGCACGUGGAUCAAAGCCGCAUUUGGUUACCUCAAUCCUGAAUACUUUCAGACACAACAAUUAACUGAGAAAUCCGAUGUUUACUCCUUCGGCGUCGUGCUUCUUGAAGUGCUAUGUGCAAGACCGGCUAUUAUUAGUGGAGAUCCCCAGCUUCCAAUGAAAUAGGUGAACUUAGCGGAGUGGGGACUUCUCUGCCACCGAAAAGGGGUGCUUGAGACGAUCGUGAAUCCAUCAGUAAAGGAUCAGAUCAAUC